AUGGCGUUGGUUGCUGCCACGAUUAACACCGUGGAUUUUGCGACCACAAGACCUUCAAACACCUUUGGACUUUCGCCCUCGAAUCGCCCUGUCGAGCCAUAUUUCACACAACGAAGCACAGCCAUCCCCAAUAAAGCCAUCCGGAGCGGGCCGGAUUCUAGGUCUCAGUCAUAUUGCGCCUCAUUUCCAUGGGUGGCUGAACGCCUGUCGCACACAGACCAGACAUGGCUGAGAACCAUGAAUCCUUCGAUUUUCAACAGAGUAUUGUUGCCUGGCUGUCAGUCGCGCGUCAUCCCAUCAUUGCUUCUCUCAGCCCCGGUCAAGACGCUUGAGACCUGGCCAAGAGCCCCCAGCGUGCUCGUGACUCCGUGGAUCACGUGGAGACCAAAGCGCGACUCGUUGCUCACGAUUCCCUGCCCCGACCCGAGCAUCCCGUCUCACCUCAUCCAUUUCUCUUCAGGCUCAUCGGCGGCCAUCAUUAAAGUCAUCAUGGUCUCAUUAGGCGGCGUCUUCCUUCUUUUCAUGUUUCUAGCAACACAAGCGUUGACACGCGAUAUUCCGAGCAAUGUGAAAGACUUCUAUGGGUUCGUCCGCGGGCGUAACAAGUGCCACCAUACGUUAGCAAGCGGGUUUCACAGCAGUGAGGGUGGCAGCGGAGACUUCAGCUACUGCGGAGAUUACCUGGAUGAUUAUAAAAUCAUAUAUCUCCAAGGAAAAAAUGGCGAGUUGGCCAACAUGGACGUGGACUGCGAUGGCGAGCGAGCCGGAGGCGACGGACGUUGCGGCAGCUCCACCGACACUCAAUCUGAGACGACAUUCCGCGACCAGCUGAGGAGUUAUGGGACUGGGCGACGAGACCUCAACGCCUCGGUACACACCUAUGUUGUAUUCGGGAAUGAAGGUACUAAAAGCGGCUGGCCUACGUUCAGCCCAGAAAAGCAUGGCGUCAAACCACUCAGCGUAAUCGCUGUCGUGUGCAAUGACAAAUUGCUGUACGGAAUCUGGGGAGAUACAAAUGGUGACGAUGGCCCUCAAGCCAUGGUAGGUGAGGCUUCCAUAUCACUCGCCACUGCGUGCUACGGCAAUAGUAUCAAUGGCAACUCAGGACAUGAUGACAAUGAUGUCCUAUAUAUUGCCUUCACGGGUGAUGACGCUGUCCCUGGAGCAAGCGGGGCAAACUGGACUGCGUCAAAUUACGAGGACUUCCAAAGCAGCAUCUCAGAUCUUGGGAAUAAGCUCAUUGAGCGUGUUGGGAGUGGGGGGAAUGGCAGACCUCUUGGAGAUCAAUGGAUGCUCUUUUCUGCGAUUUCCUUUGCAAUCAUUGUACUACUAUUCAAGAUUCACAGUGGGCGUUGA